UAAAAAAAAAAUUAUUCAUCGUUUCCAUGAAAUUCAAAUUUAACUGGGCGUCCUGCAUUUGUUUGCUAAGUCUGGCAACCCAGAAUAUACUACAUGAAACUAACACCGAAUGAGAAAUUGUGAGGUACACACUGCCAGUAGGGUAGAAGCCCAGACACAAGGCAGAGGGAGUAAUCCAGACGGCUGCCUGGAGGAGGCGCAAUCACAGUCAGGCCUCCAGCUGAUUAUUUGGGAACAGGGGCACUUGCUGGGGAGAGGGUGCUGGAGUCUCCCAGCCAUGCCUGUGCUUCCUUUCCACCCCCACCCCCCAAUAGAGCCCGUGUCCCAGCUGCAAACUGACUUCACCCUGCUGGACAGAGGGGCAGGCCCAAGGUUGGAGAUGUCCUGCCAGGCAGCCUCGGGCAGCCCACCCAUCACCUACAGCCUGGUCGGGAAGGACGGGCACGUCCACAUGCGGCAGACGCCGCCGUACGGGCAGCCCGCCAACUUCUCCUUCCCGCUGACCCAGACACCGGCCUGGCUGCAGUGCCAGGCCCAAAAUGGCGCCGGUGUCCAGAGCAGCCCCCUCACGCUGGUGCCCCCAGGCCAGCUGCCCAAGGCCGCCACCUUCGUGCUGGCUGCCAGCCUCACCUCCAUCGCAGCCAUCACCUCGGGGAUGCUGGGCUGGACCGCACAGAGCAG